AUGCCCUUUGAUAAUAAAAAACCAUCACAAAAUUUGGUCGAAAUUGCAAAACAGGCCAAUAAUGUAAUUGGAUUCCUUGGUUCUCCUACUCUAAUCUAUAAUAAUGAACACAUUAAUGUGAUCAUUGAACACUAUAAUAUUUCAAAUCUGCCAAUGGAUUUACAAAAAUGGACUUUUGAAUUAAAUGCAUUUAUUUUAUCUAAAAUAAAAGCAAGUUAUGAAAAUUCAAACUUUGGUUGGAAUUCAAGAGAAAAACUUCAAGAAAUGCAUGAAACUGGUGCAAAUUAUCUGAUUGCCAGAAAUACACAAAAAAGAAUAAAUAAUGAUAGCAGUGUAUUUGGAAAAGAUUCAAAUAACAUAGAUAAUAAUGAUACACCUAUUGGAUUUUUGUUAUUCCAAUUUACUUGGGAAGAAACAAUGGCUGAUGAUAAACAAAUUGAAAUAGAUGAAAUAUCUCCUAGUAAAUGUUUAGAACCAGAAGAAGCCGAAAAAUAUGAUUAUGAUAUAUUAAGCAAAACAUUAUGA